AUGAAAAUCAAAUCUCUUUCCAGAUCUGCUGCAACAUUGCAGGAGCCAGGUUCGAAUACCUCCAAGCUCCCUCGAAACCUUGAUCCCGCACAACAUCCUUUUGAGAGGGCGCGGGAAUAUACAAGGGCCCUCAAUGCCACAAAGCUUGAGCGCAUGUUUGCUGCACCUUUCGUGGCUCAGCUAGGCAAUGGCCAUGUCGAUGGCGUAUAUUGUUUAGCAAAGGAUCCAGUGUCGCUAGAACGGUUGGCCAGCGGAAGCGGUGAUGGAGUUGUCAAGGUCUGGGACCUGGCUACACGGGAUGAAAUAUGGCAUGCUCCAGCACACGAAAAUAUCGUCAAGGGCAUGUGCUGGACGUCAGAUAGGAAACUGCUCUCAUGCGCAGCUGACAAAACAAUAAAACUAUUCGACCCGUACGGCUCAGCGUCUGAGACCCCCCCGCUCGCAACGUAUUUUGGACAUUCGGCAUUCACCGGUGUUUCUCAUCAUGAAAGCCACCCCUCAUUUGCCGCAUCUUCGUCCGUAAUAUCCGUGUACGAUUUAUCUCGACCGUCCUCCACUCCCUCUCAGACCCUCCACUGGCCUACGAGCACCGACACGAUCACCUCCCUCGCUUUCAACCGGACAGAAACAUCCAUUCUCGGCUCCACAGCCACUGACCGGUCGAUCGUAUUGUAUGAUCUCCGCACGUCAUCCCCAGUCACGAAAGUGAUCCUCACGCUUGCAUCAAAUGCCAUAUCCUGGAACCCGAUGGAAGCGUUCAAUUUUGCCGUUGCAAAUGAAGACCAUAACAUAUAUAUAUUUGAUAUGAGAAAAUUGGACCGCGCACUGAACGUGCUGAAAGACCACGUUGCGGCUGUCAUGGAUGUCGAGUUUAGCCCGACGGGAGAAGGAUUAGUUAGUGCUUCAUACGACCGCACUGUACGAUUAUGGGACCCGAGUAAGGGGCAUUCGAGGGAUAUAUACCAUACGAAACGGAUGCAAAGGUGA